CGCUUCUAGUACGGCGCUGAGACGGGGAAUGGACAAGUGGAAUCUACAAUCAAGCGGACUAACAUCUUUUGCUUUCACUUGUUCACUUCUCAGUGAAGGACUGCAGGGAUAAAAACUUACAUCACUGUACUAAUCUCAAAACAUAAUUGCUUAUAUAUGUAUAGAUGCAAAGAAAGGUGCUUUCAAUUAGAGGAAUAGCAAUCUGGCUUGGCUAUUGCCAUGAAGUGUGAUGCUUCCAAUCUGUAGGGCUAAUUAGGACCCGUUUCGUUAAGUACAACAGCGAUCGCCCCGCUGGAUUGAAAGGAAAUGUCCCAAAUUCAGAUGAAUUGGAGACCAUGGCGCGGGCUCGUCACGCUGAUAACGCAGGGGCUGGUUAUGUAUGCGUACGCAUACGCAACAAAGGAACCUGUGAGAACAGAAGUGUUACAAGGGAAACUAGAAGGAGUCAGGAUUACACGAAACGAUAACUUCGAGUCCAGUAAAACUAACGUCAUCGACGCCUACCUUGCCAUUCCAUACGCUAGACCUCCAGUCGAAGAACACAGAUUCAGGAAUCCAGACACUGCAGCUGUAUGGCAGGGUAUCAAAAAUGCAACACUCCCCGGUCCUGUUUGUCCACAGCCCCACACGGAAUACUUGGUGGAAGGUGGGUGGGACAUGGACGAAGAUUGCUUAAUCCUUAAUGUUCACUCACCAUUCGAGGCGGGUAAUCCCGCAGCUAAAUAUCCAGUGAUGUUUUACAUUCACGGAGGCUCGUAUUCCAGUGGAAGUGGUUAUAUGUACACCGGCGAGGUUCUGGCGCAGACUGGUGUGGUUGUUGUUACAAUCAACUAUAGAUUGGGGUUCUUUGGGUUCUUCACCGAUGAAAACUCUCUCUCGGGAAACUACGGUUUGUAUGAUCAACUAUUGGCCUUACAAUGGACAAAGGACAACAUUGGAGCAUUCAGAGGCGACCCUGAUCUCAUAACCAUAUUUGGAAAUAGUGCGGGAGGAUCAAGUGUAGGGCUCCAUCUAUUCUCCCCUUUGUCUCAAGGUCUCUUCCACAGGGCAAUAAUUCAAAGUGGGCCCCCAAAUGCCUUUUGGGCGGUACACAACAAAACAGUUAACCUGCAAUCCUAUGCUAGAGAGGUCGCUGAAAAACUCAAUUGUAACUUCAAUGGCGACCCGGAUGUGGAGUGUCUACAGAAACAACACUGGGCAAAUAUCUUGGAUAAAACUGAGCACCUACCCAGAAUUAGCCCCUCGAAUACGAAUAUGAAACCAUGGAUAGAUGGUAGGUUUGUUCUGGAGUCUCCCGAUUACAACCUACAGAUGGGGGUGUUCCACAAGGUCCCCACUAUGAUAGGAUUCACUACUAGUGAGUGGGCCAGCAACAUCGGCUGGUUCCUUAGGGAGUAUUUUACAGAGCGGAAUAAGAAUCCUACAAAGAAUUGGGAGUUAGACAGGCAGACCUUUCUUGAUUGUAUUGAUCACGUGGUUACCGUGAGGUUUGGCUGGGACAAGGCCGUGUCAGAGGUCAUCAAGAAUAUGUAUACAGACUGGGACAACAUAAAUGACCAGAAUAUUACAAGACAGAAAUACAUUGAUUUUGUGAGCGAUCUAUCAUUGGUGGUGCCCUCUAUAUAUAUGGGGGCACGUCUUGCGAAGGCAGACGACUCGCAAGUCUACAUGUACUCGUUUGACGUCACUUCUUCAAUAUUCCCAAAGAAAUGGAUGGGUAGUUACCAUGGCAACGAGUUAAAUUAUUUAUUCGGAUCGCCGUUUACUGGAUUGAAUGUGGAUGGACAAGAGGGGAGAUAUCGGGUCUUUACUGAGGAUGACAAACGAGAGAGUGGAAAUGUCAUGGAGCUCUGGAGUAAUUUUGCAAAAUAUGGGAAACCUACUCCAGAGGGCCAUAAGAAAGGCACCUACUGGAGCCUUAUGAGUGAAGAAGGGGAAUACUUACAUAUAUCAAAUAAGAAAGCAGUUAUGAAGAAACAGUUAAAACCAGACAAAGUGGCCUUCUGGCAAAAACUGAUUCCAAAACUACAAAAUAUGGUGACGUCAUCAAGAUAUGAGCUUGAAGAUAAAGGACUUGCUACGUGGAUUUUUGCGUGUAUUUCUAUAGUUUUACUUCUCAUUAUAAUCGUGUUAAUAGUUGCACUGGUCAGGUCGCAUGUGAGUGAGGAUUUGAAGUAUAAAAGAGCUAGCAACUCAGGUUCUUCUCCAGAGUUUGUAUGAUAUAGUGAUGUAUAUUUUGAAAUCAUCAAACUUUUCCUAAUAUAUUAGUUUAAGGUUAUAGAGA